AUGCCUCAUCCAAACUCGCGUUAUGCUCGCGUGGUGGUGUGGGCGGUGGUCGCCAUUUGGUUGGAAACCUACUGCUGGUUAGUGGCCAACACCUACUGGCUAUGCCUUGCAAUGCCAGGUGACACCGGGCGUUUGUUUGGAAGAUGGUGGAAGAUGGCGGCAGGCCAUGGUGACAAGCUCUUCCGCGAUCUGGUGAGGAGUUUUGGUUUUAAUCUUGACGCCUGGACUGCGGUGCUACUUCUACGCCGUGUGCGUGCAGUGGAAAGUUCUUUUGGUGAAUCGGUAGGCGCCUGGAAACUCCAGUGGCUCCUCUUCGUGGGGACCUUGACCUCCACCGUGGCCGCCUUUCUUCUGACCUGGAUCAACGUGGCUAAGGGCACCAACUUUCCUGGGCAGCUGCAAAGGCCGCUGGUCACGGACAUUUUCUAUUUCAUCUCCUCGGCCAUUUGGUUUCUUUGCGGUUUCACCUUUUCUUACGCCUUCACGACGCCCUGUGUUUUGUUAAAACAAGAGGCCAAAUCCUUGGAGAGUGCCCCGCUGGCGGAAGCCCUUUGGGCAGCUCGGCGCCUCAAGGUGGAACGCGCUGCAUCGAUGACCACCUCCUUUUUGACCUCGCUGAAUUUCAUGGGCCGCGCGGUCUGCGGCAUUUGGUCCAAGCAGAUGCCGGUCCCUGUGUGGUUCUUCUUGGAUGUCUUGAUGUGGGACUUCGAUGAUUUGGCCAACGCCAUCAGCCUGGCUGUUUUGUCAGGUCUGCUGUAUCAGGAUCGACCGCCCGAGCUUCAGAAGCCGGCAACUUUGGCAGAGAAUGACUGUGACCUGAAGGACAACUGCCGGAGUUGCGACUGCUGUGGCGGCAAUGAGGCGGAGUGGCAGGAAAAGGUACACGAAUUGGCCUCGCGAUCUGUUGGCGUGUUGGAGUUGGUGAAUUUUGUUCAGAAGUUGAAGGAACCCAGUCUCAUGCCUUCCUUUGUUCCUGAGAUGUCGACAACCAACGAUGUGGUCCGUCAAGCCAUCAUUCCCUUGUCGCGCAGAGGGGACACAGGCAAGGGCCGCAAUGGAUGUCCAGGGAAUGAUUUGCACUGGCCAGUCUUUGGAGUGGAGGACGCAUGGUGGCUGUGGGACGUCCAGCCUGAGACCCGGAUCUAUGAUAACACCUUCAGUCACCUGGUCGCCUCUAUAGUGGCGGAUGCCAUGAGUGUGGCCACCUACAGCGGCAUUGCGGCGCAGCUCUGUAGUGAGCGGCUGCCGGAGGUCGUAGAGGACUUGGAGCAGUUGCAUCGGAGGAGUCAAUAUUGGAUUUGUGCGUUUUGUAUUAAUCAGCACUCCUGCAUUUGUAGCGGCUUUGGCGCCGAGCCCAUCUUUGGGACUCCUCAGUUUGAUGAGUGGGAUACAAAGCGACGGGACACUGUCACAGGUGACGUCUAUCCACUUUGCAGGUGCUCACAUCCCAAGUAUUUCAACUCUUCGCCCAACGAAUGCGAAAUGAACAAGUUCGAUGACAUGAUCCAUUUGCUUCAUUGUGAAAUUCCAGAUUUCAUUUUGGUGGCAUCAGUCGACUACUACUUCCAGAUCUUCAUGAGGGCGUGGUGCGUGGCGGAGUUGGUGGAAGCAGAAACCUGUGGCAUCUCCUCGGUGAUGAAGAUCCAUUCCGAGGAGCUGCUGGAUCACUACUACAACGAGCUUUCGCGUUUGGAUGUCCGAGCAUGUAAAGCCAGCCGAGCGGAGGAUAAAGCCAUGAUCCUCUACCGCAUUCGAAAUGUGGAUGCGUUCAACGCUCGUCUGCAGUGGCUCAUCUUUGGUAGCCAGGGCCUCUUUAAGAGCUGGGCAGAUGCGCAUCAACGUGCCAAGAUGGUGGGUCGGAUAGCGCGUCGCGUGCAGAAAAGACAAGCUGGCAACACAGGAGAGUACAUCGUUCCGGUGAAGUCGAGAUAUUCCGGCGGCAGCCAAGGCGUUUCCAAAAUCGACGAGGUGCUUUGCAGAUUGCGACGGGGGAGUUCCAACGUACAUACGGACGGAAAGAAGUCGAGAUCUUCCUCUUCGCAAUGGUUACCUUCCUCCAGUGAGUCAUCUUGCGACAGUAGCAGCGCAAGCUUGUGACCAGUGGAGCCGCAGGCAGGCAAUGGAUUUCCUGAGAAGCUGCCUGGUGGUUAGAUG